AUGGUUGACGAAGGAGAGAUAUCAACAAGAUCUAAAAUUUAUAUGAAAAUUGCAAUAGCAACUGAUUGCCAUUUAGGUUAUGAAAUAAAAGCAAAACAAGCACACGACAAUGACAGCUUCAUUACAUUUGAAGAAAUACUUGAACUUGCUGUUCAACAUGAUGUUGAUUUUGUAUUACUUGGUGGUGAUUUAUUCCAUGAUGCUAAACCUUCACAAAAAGUUAUCCUGGAAUAUAUGCAGAGUAUGACAAGUUUAUUUUCAGUGGAUUAUGAUAUUGCUGUAUUGAAUGAUUUUGAUAAUGAAGAUAUACUAGAAGACAGUGAAGAAGUAUCAUCAAAUAAUAUUGAUGGAAUAUUAGAUAUAUCAACACAAAUGGAUUUAAUGACAAAUAGUUUGACUGACAAUGAAUUAGCAAGUACACCAAUAAGUAUUUCAAGUAUUGCUAAAGAUGAUACAAUUAAUCAUUCAAAUGAUAAUAUUCAUAUAUCACGUGGUAUAAGUUUGACUGAUAAAACACCUGGACAAGAUUUAUUAGAAUGGUAUAAAGAUAUAACACGUAAUUUUCCUGAUGAUAAAGUUACAAAUCUCACAACAUCAUGGCGUAAUGGUAUGGCAUUUAAAGCUGUUAUACAUCAUUCUAAACCAAAACUCAUGUAA